UUUCCUGCGACGCAGGAAGAAAUACACACCGGGCUGUUUCACGUGUGUCGAAUAUUUUCAAGGUUGUACAUUUUCAUAUAAUUUAUUUCGAGUUGCCAUGUUUAGGUUAUUCCAAGUGCCUGUACUGAGAUUUCCUGCUUCUAGGCGUUUAAAAUGGGCUUUAAUGACAAGCGAGCAACAGCAUAGAGGCUUAGAAUGGAGACGUUUAUGUCACUCAUCGUUGUACUUUGACCUGCUGUCAUUAAACAAACAUCAGAUUUUUGGGACUUCUCGACAUCUGGACAAGUGGACAUUACGAUUUCAUAGCACUGAGAAGAAAUCUGAAAACACGCUUAAAGCCCCACCAGAGACCUUCUCAUAUGUUGAACCUGACAAGGAGGAAGAAUUCAUCUUCCUAGACUACUGUAAAUCCAAGGACCACAAAGAAGAUGCUGAACAACUUAAAAUCACGGACUCGAUGAAAGCAAAAGAGGUCAAGCCACCUAGAAAGAGCGUCCCAGAACUCCAGCAAAAAGCUCUGGAGCUGCAGCUGAGAUCUUUGCAAAAAGUCAGAGAUCAGAACCUGGACCUCGAGGAUUGUAUAGAAUUCCACGACGCUGGAUUUCCACUGGAACGAUCCAGGAAGAAGACGACCAACAAAACAAAGCAGGAGCAGAAGGUCUACGGAAGUCCGGAUGCUGAGAUGCCCAUCAGCGACGUCUCCUGCUCAGGCUGUGGUGCUUUAAUGCACUGCACCGCUCCUGAAGUUCCCGGUUACCUUCCCAGUGAGAAAUACAAGCAAUUAUUAGAAGGAGAAAAGCUCCAAAACUCCAUAUGUCAGCGGUGUUUUCUUCUCACGCACCACCACAAGGCUUUGAACGUCACCAUGUCGAAGGACGAGUACAAGAACAUCGUGAGGAGGAUCAAAUCGGAGAAAGCUUUGGUGCUGCUCAUCGUGGAUCUCCUAGAUCUUCCGGAUUCCAUCGUACCCGACCUGCCGCAGCUCGUCGGCAAAAACAAGCACAUCGUUAUUUUAGGGAACAAAGUGGACCUGCUGCCUGGUGACUCCCACGAUUACCUGCAGAGGAUCAGGAGGCAGCUGGCACAGCAUUGCGCUGAUGCUGGAAUUCCCACACGAGAUUCCAAGGACGUUCAUCUGAUCAGUGCCAAAACGGGAUACGGGAUUGAGAACUUGAUCACGAAGCUCCAGGCAUCCUGGAAGUAUAAAGGAGAUGUUUAUUUGGUUGGUACUGCCAAUGCUGGCAAGUCCACCUUGUUUAACACUCUUCUGGAGUCUGAUUACUGCAAAUCCAGAGCAUCUGAUGUGAUCCAUAAAGCCACAAUAUCACCAUGGCCUGGGACAACGCUGAACCUUCUGAAGUUCCCCAUCAUCAACCCGACGCCGUACCGCAUGUUCAGACGCGCGGAGCGACUGCGGCUGGCGGCACGACAGACCGAGGACGAUCUCGAUCCCGAGGAGCGCAGGAGAAUCCAGCAUUUCCGUAAACAGGGCUACUUGAUUGGCCGUGUUGGGAGAACCUUCCGGGUGCAGUCUUCUAGAAAAGACCUGGUGGAGUUCGAUCCAGACAGCCUCAGCUUCGGAGAGGACCUUAAUGAAGACAACGUGGGCAGACCGACCCCCGAGGACGAACCCGAGGCCGAAUUUACAUACAACGAAAUUAAAGACGCUCACUGGUUCUACGACACGCCGGGCAUCAUGAAAGAACGGGACAUUCUCAGCCUGCUGAAUGAUCAGGAAGUGAAGCUUGUGGUGCCAACGCACGCCAUAACACCCAGGACGUUCGUACUCAAGCCGGGGAUGGUGGUGUUCCUCGGAGCCCUGGCACGGAUCGAUUAUCUGGAAGGAAAUCAGCCAUGCUGGUUUACUGUAGUGGCCUCGUCUCAAAUCCCUGUCCACAUCACUAGUUUGGACAAAGCCGACUCCACGUACCAGAAACACGCCGGAAAAUCUCUUCUCGCCGUUCCAUCAGGCGGAGAGGAACGAAUGAAAGCGUUUCCAGCUUUCGCGUCUCAAGACUUUGAGCUCGAGGGCCGAGGACUGGACACAGCGGUGGCCGACAUCAAACUAUCCUCUGCAGGUUGGAUCGCUGUAACCGGCGUGGAGUCGGAGCGUCUCCUGCUGAGAGGCCACGCCCCCGAGGAGGCAGGUCUUUGCUUACGAGACCCGCCUCUCCUCCCACACAUAGUCAACGUCAAGGGGCCUCGAAUCCCCAAAUCUCCAGCCUACAAGGCGAAAAAAGCACCAGCGCUGCCAGAUGCGAACCUUUCUGGCCGAAGGCAGAAGCAGAAAAAGUGACGAUUAUUUAUAAAUCAAUAAUAAAUUGUUUUACACAAAUAUGUAUUCAUGCACUGUGUCAUCAAACUUCACAAUGUCACUUUUUUUAUGAAGUUUGAUACGAAAAAUGUGUAUGCACUAUAUUAGUGUCUAACCUCAGUAUGUCACAUGACCAAGUGUAACUGUUUACUACGGUAAUAUUUGGUUUGGGAUCAAAUCUCAGGUCAUCAAAAUAGCAUGAGGCUCUGAUUAAACAUUAAACAACAGAAUUAUUCACAAAUGA